AUGGAGAGUCAGAGUGGGGACGGAAACACAGGAGUCCAAACGAAUGGACUGGACUUUCAGAGGCAGACGGUGCAGGCCACAAACGCAAUCACCAAUGCACACGCACAAGCUCUGCUCCAACAGUUGACCCUGUCUCCAGUGCAGCAGCAGAUGUUUUUGCAGCAGGCCCAGGCCCAGCUCUUGGCAGCAGCCAUGCAGCAGCAAUCAGCCAGCCAGCAGAGCAGCACCACGGGGGCCAGCAUCUCUGCCUCCGCAGCCACCCCCAUCACACAGCUGCCCCUGUCCCAGCCCGUCCAGAUCACCUCUCAGUUACAGCAGCUGCAGCAGCAGAACCUAACCAUGCCCCAGUUUGUCCUGGUUCAACCUGGCCACCACAUCGCCACCCAGCUGCAACCUGGCCAAUUCAUCAUCUCACAGACGCCGCAGGGCCAGCAGAAUAUGUACACAGCGCAGAGUUUCCUGCAAGCCCAGAAUCUUCUAACUCAACUACCUCAAAGCCAAGCCAACCUCCUGCAGACUCAGCCAAGCAUCAACCUUGCCUCACAGCCAGCGACUCCGUCCCACACGAUAGCAGCCACGCCCAUCCAGCCCCUGUCCCACAGUCAGCAGACCCCACCCAAACGCCUGGACACACCCAGUCUGGAGGAGCCCAGCGACCUGGAGGAGCUGGAACAGUUCGCUAAGACUUUCAAACAGAGACGCAUCAAACUGGGCUUCACACAGGGGGAUGUUGGCCUGGCAAUGGGCAAGCUGUAUGGUAACGACUUCAGCCAGACCACCAUCUCCCGCUUUGAGGCCUUGAACCUCAGCUUUAAGAACAUGUGCAAGCUGAAGCCACUUCUGGAGAAGUGGCUCAACGAUGCUGUUUGUGCAGAGAAUCUGUCGUCUGACCUGGCCCUGUCCAGCCCUUGCGGCCUGGGCUCCCCCGGUCUGGGCAUGGAGGGGCUCAACCGCCGACGCAAGAAGAGGACCAGCAUCGAGACCAACAUCCGCGUGGCCUUAGAAAAGAGCUUUCUGGAGCAGAACCAAAAACCUACCUCUGAGGAGAUCACCAUAAUUGCUGACCAGCUCAACAUGGAGAAGGAGGUGAUCCGGGUGUGGUUCUGUAACCGUCGGCAAAAAGAGAAGCGGAUCAACCCCCCCAGCAGCGGACACAGCAUCACAGGGACAGGCAGCACCCCCAUCAAAACCAUCUUCACCCCCACUAGCCCCUUGGUGGCCAGUACGGCGAGCCUUGUGACCAGUAACACACCAACCACACUCACUUUAAACCCAGUGAUGCCUCUCACCAGCACCAGCGUCUCCGGCCUGACCUUGACAGGCACGACGAUCGGAGCGACCACAAACACGGCAUCUGUCAUCUCUACGGCACCCAUGGUUACCGCGGUGACCAGCUCCACCUCGCUAAGCCCCUCCCCCAUGGCCCUCCAGGCCACGGCGGCGGAGACGGGUGGAACGCAGGAGCACAUGGUGGUCACGCAGGCGCCAUCGUCCCUAGCAACCAAUCUGGGGACAGGUCAGGUGAUGGUGGCUGGACCGGGGCUGUCAGCGGCCCUGCAAGGCGCUGCCCAGUUACCCACCAGUUCUAGUUACGCCGCCAUGGCUGGGCUUAACCCAGGAUUGAUGGCAUCCUCGCAGUUCACUCCUGGGGGGGCCUUGCUGAGCUUAGCUCCGGGUGGGCUUGGAGGGGCUAUAAACCCCGCCAUGUUGAGCAACAGCACCCUGGCCACCAUCCAAGCUCUGGCAUCGGGUGGCACUCUCCCCAUCACCUCGCUGGACGGGAGUGGUAACCUGCUGUUCGCUAACACCUCGGCCGGCAGCACUCCCAACCUGGUGCAACCCCUUUUCCUGAACCCCCAGAACCUGUCCCUGCUCACCAGCAACCCCGUCAGCCUGGUGUCGGCCGGAGCCGCCGGGGGAGGGGCCCUGCAGGUCACAGCCAACCACCAGGUCACCACGGCGACCGUCCCAGUGCCCGCCUCCACCAUCACCACUGCCUCCAAGGCCCAGUGAAGCUGAAGGCUCAAAUCGCCUCGAAUGACACCCUAUGCUCUAUUUAGUGCACUACUUUUGGUUAAAUGUUGCGUACGAUAUGGAUGGCUUUGGCCAUAGUAAGACACUACAUGGGGAAUAGGGCUGUUGUUUAAGAUUUGCCCUUAGGCUACUUGCUCAAUCCACUUCUUCAUCCUCUUCCUCCUUGUCCUUCUGCCUGUCAUCUAUCAUUAUUUAAUCAUUUUGCUGCCACCAAAAAGAAACCCUCUGUGAAGAGGGUUGGAAUUUAUAAUUUACGUUUUUAUUUCAUUCUUCAUUCUCUCUUUUCCCUUGUACUCCAAAAACGAUGUGCGUCUCCCUGGAUGUUUUUGUCGGUGUACGCAGCGGGUCACACAGGAGCACUGGGGCGGCCAUUUUCUGAGACGGGAUCAUCUUGAACUCUAUGGUCUGUGCUCCUUGUGACCCCUGAGGGACCACCUAGCUUUCCCUCUUUCCUCUCUGUCACCUUUUUCAAAAGUAUAUAUCUUCCUCUUCCCUGUUCAGAACAUCUUCUGAAAUACUUCUAACCAAAAAUUAGAUUUAACUUUUUUGACGUUUUUUUCUUUUAACAAAAAUGAUUUACUACUAAAGUUCACAAUCUACAUCAUCACUAAAAGGGGAGGUUUGCGUGUUUCCCUGUCUAUAGUUUGAAUUUAUUUUGUGUCAGGCUCUGUUGGACAGGCCUCAGCACAAAUCAUAUCAAAGUUAUAUUUUAGAGGCGCUUAGUUUGUUUUCUUUUGUUUUAGUGUGUGUGAGUGGACAUUUUCAGAACUUUGUACUUCUAACAUUAAUUUAAGCUUUAACUCCGAUAUACAGGACCAGUCAAAAGUUUGGACACACCUACUCAUUCAAGGGUUU